UUGGUCACACUACCGUGAACAACAGUAGAAUUGCAAUAAAUAUGUAAUUUUUUGCGAUAAAAAAAUGGAGGAGUCACCUUACCUGCACAGCCCCUACCAGGUGGCCAUUAUCGCCACUGACCUGCACCACGAGGACACCAUAAUCCAAGCAGCCCAGUCCCUGGACUGUCUACACAAAACCAUAAACUCGAUUUUCGAGCGAAUCGAUGCCCGCUUGGCGAGAAAUGGUUCAAAGGUUGAGGACAUAAACAAUCGUGUGAAGCGCGCCCAGGCGAAAAUCGAUGCGCUCGUUGGCUCCAAGCGGGCCAUCCAGAUCUUUGCACCCGCCCGCUUUCCGGCCAGCGACGUCCUGGCCCCGCUGCCAGCCACCUUUCCACAGGUGGCAGCCAAUCCACUGAUGGAGCAGCAGGUGGACCAACAGCCACAGCGGCCUUACAGCAGCCACAGUCCCGCGGAGCUGAAGCAGGAUGAUGCGGACAUCUUCUUUCACGUACGUGGCGACCGGGAGCAGGAAUCGCCACUGGUCGCCGAGCGGAAGAUAACCAAUCGGACCGCUGGCCUGGGAAGCCUUCCUGCGGGUGGAGUGCGCUCCGUACCCUCGCUUAUGCGAUUUAACACCAAUGAGUUCGCCUACGGCGAGGAUCUGAAUGCCUGGAAGCGAUCGCUACCGCCGCAAAAUGCUCGACGCGUUGCCAGUCAGUCCGCACGACUCACCGCCGAGAAGCAGCUGGCUCCGGCGCCUCAUUCUCUGGCCCAUGGCACCACCAAACUCGCGACUCCAGCUGGGGACCUGCGCUAUAAUCCUGCUGCCUUGGCUGCACCCGCCAUUGAUGUUCCGCUGGAUCUGCCCGAUCUACCCGGCAUAGCGAAUGACCUGCAGUAUGAGCCAGUAGAAGAGCAAACACCAAUAGCCCCUUCCCAUCAGUUCGGUGAUUUACCGGAGCUGCCCGACUUGGGUCUCGAGGAGCAGGAAAUCACAGUGCAAGCCAUCGCGGCGCGGACGCACAUUCCAGGGCCUGCGCGUAAGAAGAGUCUGGGACAGUGUCCAUCGCCAGUUAUGGCUGCACCACCACCGCCUCCUCCGCCACCACCGCCGCCUCCACCUCCUCCGCCAGCCCAGACGAUGGGAAUUCCGUCACCGCCACCCUUUCCCACAAAAGGAGCUGUGAAACCGCUUUCCCCGUCAAUAUCAACACCUCUUAAUAUGCCGCCUCCGCCUCCAGCUACUGAAGAUCCGCGAUCUGAGCUUAUGGCUGCCAUAAGAAACGCAGGCGGAGUGCACGGCGGUCGUCUGCGGUCGCCGGCGGCUGCUCCGCUCGACGUGGUGGACAACACUCGCUCCAAGGCGGGAGCCGCUGCCACGGGGGACCUGAUGGCGGACCUUCACAACAAGCUAAUGCUUCGACGCAAGGGAAUUUCUGGGAGCCAAAAUCCCGGGGAGGCCACCGCUGGCAAUCCCCUGAUGCAGCAGCUUUCCCGCGUUAUUCCGCCGCCGGUGCAGCCCCGCAAGGGAUCUCAGUCCAGCGAUGAAGCACACUCCGAGGAUGACGAGGAUGGGUGGAACUAGUGAAUGCCGGAGUAAUAGGAAUCAUUCUCGUUUAUUUAGCUUUAGCACCGAUUUAAGUGCCUUGGCUGGCUUAAAGCACUAGCUUAUCUAGCUUAAAGCAUACCAAUCACUAGAACGAAUUCCAAAUUCUGUGCCCAAGCGAGCAUGCCAAAUUAGGUCAAAGUCAACCAGUUAAAUAAAAAUAAUAACUCAAAAA